ACAGCAGCUGAUUGAUAUAAGGCUGAGGGCAGAGGAAAUCGAAAGUGUGUACACAUGCUGUGCAUGAUUUUGGCCGAAGUUGUUGUGACAGUCUAAUCAGUGCCUACUGUGAAGAUGAGGAAGACCGGCAUGUCCAAGGCUCGCUUCUAUGACCGCCUCCACAAAGUGACUGUCUCUGGACUGAUGGGGUUAACCCUGGUUGGCUGCUCUCUGUUGGUCUAUAGGUUUUACAGAUAUUUUACAGUGGUGAGACCACGUCAGUUAGAGCAGAAACGGCUGUUGGCAGAGGAAGGGAUGACACAAGAGCAGUUAGAGAGAGAAGCCGAGUUACUGAGGAGACAGAGAGAGGCAGAAACUCUUAAAUCUUAGGACUUUUCUUAGUUUAUACACACAGAAUCGAGGAAGGAAUGUAUAUGAUCAUUGCAUGUGUGAAACACAUGUAGCAGACCUGUCACAUAAUGGAGUGAGAUAAUGGAAGUAUUGGCUGUCAUCAAAAGCCCUCUAGAUGUGUAUAUUCUGUGUGCAGUGUCCAAAUUCUUACAUGUGAUGUAGGAUUUAAUGGGAUGUGUGUUGAUAUGCCAUCACAAUCCAUCUGUCUUGACACUAGUACGAUAUUCCAGUCAAUCAACUUUGCACCCAGUGCAUCAGAUAUGCCAAUGUCAUGGAGGUUGAUACAUGAAUAGCAUGAAGUUUAUUUUUGAUUUAGAAAGGAUACGUGAAAUGCUUAGUUCUUAUUCUUUACUAUGGAGUAUAGGAUGUGGUCUAACAUCGAAAAGGACAAAAAACUCUUCUCUAUGAGGUGUGAAAUGGCUUUAAUCCACAGUUUUCCUAAAGCCCCAGCGGUCAGUCUGGAAAUUAAGUAGCCUGCUGUGGUGACGACUCAAUGUUGAUAGCUGUCAAUACAACUUUGUUGGUGAUAAGCAGGUACAGCAUUUUCAGUAUGUUCAUUGAUGACAUCAUUUCUGAAUAUUGCCAACCAUUGAUGGAAAAUAUGCAUAAGAUAAUAAAUGUGAAAUAUGGCUGAAAAAUUUUUUUUUAAUUUUUUGUGGCAUAUGUUUCAUCAUUUUCCUUAAAACCACACUCUUCAUUUUAGAGAGCGUUUUCAUGUAUCCUGUAAUAAAGAUAUUUAACGUGAAACUUCUAAAAGCGCAUUUUAUAUAUAAAAGGUAUAUAUUCGCAGAAGGCUGUAUUUCCCUGUUAAUUUGAUCCUUUACACAUUUGUAGAAGUAAAACUAUACAUGUAUACCCUAAAUGACCAAAAAUUUCACCCAUAAGAGUGCAGUUUUAAGAGGCAAAUUAAUGUCACAAAAUAUUAUAUUUGGCGCUGAAAUUUACAAUUUUCCAGUAGAGUUUUCCGGUCAUCUCAUCUUCCAAAACCUCAAAACACCUUUCUAAAAUCAAUAGAACUCUUAGACUCAGGGAAAAAUGUCCAAGUUUGUCAUGAAUGAAAUUUGUUAUUGGACAAAUCAACAAAUAUUCUAAUUUUUGUCUGUAUAUUGUGAACAUGCAGGCACUCUGUGUUAGUGCCUGUGCCAAGUACAAUGACAUUGGGGGCUUGUAUAGUGACGGUUUUGGUUUCGAGUUGAUGUGUACACCAGACAUAAUACGGGUGGAGAGGAUAUCGAUAUCCGGCAUGUCUGGUCAACUGUUUCAGAUAAACAUAUAAUGGUGUAUAUCUUUUUAUCAAUUGUCUUGCAAUGCUUUUAAUCUCCUGAUGUAUUAUUCUGUAAUAUGCAGUCAAGACAGGAUUCAUCCUAGAAACAGCAACACUUUCUUUUGAAUGGUGUU